AAAUUCCAUACCUGAUUGUUGGUACUAAAAUAGAUUUGCGGAAUGAUCCAUCAGAAGUUGUAAAGCUGUCACAAAAAGGGAUAAGACCCAUAACUUGGAAGCAGGGCAAAAAACUAGCACUAGAAUUAGAAGCAAUUAAGUAUGUUGAGUGUUCAGCCCUGACGCAAAAAGGAUUAAAAAUUGUUUUUAAUGAAGCAUUACUCGCUGGUUUAAACCCACAUGAUAUAAGGCAUGCUAGAAAGACUAGAAAUAGAAUGUUGUCCUUGAAUAUAAUGCCUUUACUAAAUAAAAUGAAUUUUCUAGCAAACGAGAAUAAAAAAAGCCCGAAUAAAGAAAUAGAAGAUCCGAAUAGAGAAAUUAAUAAUUUUAUAGAAAGUUCUCAACUUCAACGGAUUCCCUUUCAUGAUCUAAAAAAUAUUAAAGAAAUAGAAGGUCCGAAUAGAGAAAUUAAUAAUUUUAUAGAAA